GAUGCCGCUAUGCAGCACUAUGGGGUGAAUGGCUACUCCCUGCAUGCUAUGAACUCCCUCAGUGCCAUGUACAACCUGCAUCAGCAGGCGGCCCAGCAGGCCCAGCAUGCCCCUGACUACCGGCCAUCAGUGCAUGCGCUUACAUUGGCUGAGCGCCUAGCUGACAUCAUCUUGGAGGCCCGCUAUGGCUCCCAGCACCGUAAACAACGUCGUAGUCGCACGGCAUUCACAGCCCAGCAGCUUGAGGCCCUGGAGAAGACCUUCCAGAAGACUCAUUACCCAGACGUGGUGAUGCGUGAGAGGCUGGCCAUGUGCACCAAUCUUCCCGAGGCCCGCGUGCAGGUGUGGUUCAAGAACCGCAGGGCCAAGUUCCGAAAGAAGCAGCGUAGCCUGCAGAAAGAGCAGCUCCAGAAGCAGAAGGAGGCCGAGGGCUCCCACGGGGAAGGCAAGAUGGAGACCCCAGCCUCAAACACACAGCUGGAAGCAGAGCAGCCUCCCCGUCUCCCCAGUGGUGAGCCCCCUGCUGAGCUUCAGCUGAGCCUGUCGGAGCAGUCGGCCAGUGAAUCCGCCCCUGAAGACCAGCUGGACCGCGAGGAGGACUCCCGGGCAGAGGAGCCCAAGGCUGAAAAGAGUCCUGGAUCUGAGAGCAAGGUGCUGGGCUGCAAGAGGGCCAGCCCUAAGGCAGAUUCCCCAGGCAGCCUGGCCAUAACGCCUGCAGCCCCAGCGGGCAGCCUCCUUGGUCCUUCCCACUCCUACUCCUCGUCCCCACUCAGCCUCUUCCGUCUACAGGAGCAGUUCCGCCAGCACAUGGCGGCCACCAAUAACCUGGUGCACUACUCAUCUUUUGAAGUGGGCGGUCCUGCACCUGCUGCGGCAGCAGCUGCCGCCGCCGCGGUGCCCUACCUAGGGGUCAACAUGGCCCCACUGAGCUCCCUACACUGUCAGUCCUAUUACCAAUCCCUGUCAGCAGCUGCUGCUGCCCACCAGGGUGUGUGGGGGACCCCAUUGCUGCCGGCGCCCCCCACAGGCCUGGCACCUGCCUCAGCUGCCCUGAACAGUAAAACCACGAGCAUUGAAAACCUUCGCUUGCGGGCCAAGCAGCACGCUGCCUCCCUGGGACUCGAUACACUCCCCAAUUGACUGCCUGGCUUCCAACCCAACCAUGGUCUUAGGUGUUCCCCUAUCUCGGUCCCAUGGUUAUUCCCAGAAGGCUCUCCGAGUUCUCCAAGAACUAACUUCGAGAGCCCAGGGAUACUGGGGCCUGGAGUCCUUUCACUUUGUCUCCCUUCUUCAGAGUCCCAACCCCAAGUGAAUCCCACACACCCUCUGCAUGGCCCUGCUUGGACCCCAUGGAGGUCAAAUGGGGAGGAGGUGAGCAACUGGCCUCCCCUCCCCGGUAUUGCCUCCUCCCCUGCUCCCUCACUAGUAAGUUGAUGUGUGGAAUGUGAGAUAUAAAUAUAAAUAUAUAAAACUAUAUUUUCAGGCACUGCCUGCCCCAGGCCCCUUUCCCUGUUCUCCUCACAUCUCACUGCUACCCUUGCCUCUGAGAUUCUCUCCAGCAGUUGUUCUCUCUCUCUCUCUCUCUCUCUCUCUCUCUCUCUCUCUCUCUCUCUCUCUCUCUCUCUCUCUCUUCUCUUCCCUCCUCCUCUUGAUCUCUCUCCUCUCUCUCUCCCUGCAGCCCCAUUUUUCUUCCUCCAUCCCUGUCCCCCACCCCCCUACCCCACCUGUCUAUCCCUAACUGCUGUGCCGUCCCUUGGCCUUUGGUGCUGGCUGUAUUGUUGUCCUAUAUUCUCAGUGUUUCCUUUGGGCUUGUGGUGUUCGGUUUUAGUCACUUUGUUUCUUCCUGUUUCUCUUCUGCUCUGCUUGCCUAUCUCCUCCCUCAGCCUGAACCCUCUCUAGGCAACUCUUCCAUCCCAUACCCCAAGAGUCAACAAAGCCCUACUUGAAGACCCCGGAGCGACAGGCAGGAGGUAGCCCCUAGCCUCACAGCAUCUCCCAGAUAUUAGGAGGGGCUCACAGUCACCUUUCCUUCUCUUUCCUUGCUUGGAGUACCAGCUCCUCAGAUUGCAGAGGGGCAUGUGGUGGCACUGGGACAGCAAUCUCUUUGCAGGGUUCUAGCCUCCCUUAUCAGCGAGUGAAGCCUAUGGCCACACACGGUCUCAGGAUUUGUUGACUUCCUGUCCCAGAGGCCAGUGGGAGUAGGAGCUUCUGUCUAUUAGUCACUAGCACGGCAAGGUGUGCUCUUACAGGCUACCCUGCUCUGCGGACUCCCUUUCAGGGUGGUGUGGCAUUGGGCAAGCCCCGUACUUUCUGGGACUGUCUUGUCUGGAUAAGAUGACUAAGAAGAUUCUGUUCAUUUCCAACCACCCAUAGCCUCUAACCUUGUAUGGCAGAGGCUUUAGUUAGGUCUAACCAUGACCUGCAGUACAAACACUCAGAGAAGCCCGAUGUGUAAGUUAGAACAUUACUGUUGUUUUGCUGAGGAACAGUGAGUCCUGCAUACCUGAAGCUCUCUGUGGGUACCGCCUCAGUUUCUCAGAAAAUGCAUUCCUUUCUGGGUUAGACAAUCUGGAUUUGGUCCUAUUUUACUUGGAUUCCAGUGCGAGCCUUGGGGGCUACUCCAUUUCCAUGCCCAUGGUGAGGGGUAGGUAAGAUGACUUGGAUAGAUUUGUGGUUAUGAUUCCCAAGCCCCACACCCACACAGUGGGUUGCCUGGCAUGGCUGGCCUACAGAGCCAACAAUGCCCACCUUAGUAAGGCCAGUCUGGACUGGGGUAGGAGGAGAAGGCUUUGGGCAGUAGAAAGUGGGGAGGGGAAUAACCUGAGACAGGAGAAGCAUGACAGAAACAGGAGAAGCGAGCAUGAGUGAGCCUUUGAACACGAGGUGACUGGCCUCGUGAGAGUGAGGCAGAAAGCCUAGAGUGCAGCCCAGUAGUCCCACUUCCACACAGGGAGCACCAAAGGCAGUUGAGGGUUUCUUAAGAAGGGGUAUCUUCCUGGGAUCUGGAAUCUGGAAGGCGAGUCCAAAGCCUUUCGAACAUCAGAGGAGGAGAAACUUGGCCAAGGGGACGAGAGGUUAGCAGAUCUGAGGGGUUCUGGGUUGGGGAGGGUUCAGUGGCCCAUGGUUAGCUUCAAGAAAUUAUGUUUCUGAAAUGUCUCAUCUGGAAUUGGGCACAGGGCUGAAACUGUCUUUCUAGUUCUGGGUGCAAAUGACCGAUUGUCACUGGGACUUGGGAUCUAACCAUCUCCAGUCUCCCCAACCCUCUAAGGGGGAAGGCCACCCGAGGUCGUGUUCUGUCAUGACACAACCCUGCUCUACCCUAGGCUUUUCAAAAAGCUCUUAGAUCUUUGUCAUUCGUUCUCUCAUUUGCUGACCCAAACCCACAAGGCCAGAGAAGGAAGGAAAGACACAGGUGGGUGUUAUCCUCAGGGAUCUCAAGUUAAUUUAGGGUACCAGACUCAGGUACUCAAAGCAGCUGAAAGAGAAGGGGUUUGAAGAGAGAUAUAACCAUGUCUUCUUGGGGGUGAUUAGACGGCAUAAUUUUUUUGAAGAUAUUAGAGGGCAUGAGUGUGGCAGGUGAACCCACUUGCUGGACAUUACUGAUGGAAUCUCUCCCAGGCCUGCUGGUCACUUGGGACAGAGAACCCAAGGACUAAACUCUUACGAGCCCUUAGAGGAAAAGUCCUGCUCUUCUCUGCUCCUUCCCGUUUGAGGUCUCCUUUGCCCUGCUUCCUCACUUCCCUAGAGCAUGGUUCAGGGGCCUGGGUCCCCGCCUCUAUGCAGAGGCUGAUUGGCUGUACAGACCGCUUUCCAAACCAGCUGUUUUGUGACCACUUGUGCUUAGAGGUUGUACCAGCCCUUGACAAAAAAACCACCGUGUAUUGUAUUUAUUUAUUCUGUUAGUUGAAGAAGCAAAACUCAAACCUCUCACUUUCCCUUGUCCUGCCCCCUGCAUAGCACAGCAUGAUGCUCUGUCCCGUGUAUCUGUCUGUCAGUCUGUUGGCCUCACUUCCUGUGACUUUGUGACCUGUUCUUUGUCCUAAUUGGCUAAUAAAAGAGAACCUGGCAGC